AUCCUGCACCCAUCCCGGGCUGGAUCCGGCUGCCAGGGAAGGGCUGUGUUUGCUCUCCAUCGCCAGGAGCUUAUCGGUGAUGUUUGUCCCCUCCAGCCGGGAUGGCGUUUGCUUUUGGGGCAGAAAUCCGCUCAGCAGCCCCUGUGCCUUCGUCCCCACCGGUCCUUGUCCUCUCCGAAGUGCCCCAGCCCCUGUCUGCGGACGCGCUGGGUCCAGCCCUGCAGCAACUGGACCUUGCAGCACCCACCAGCCUUCAGGCCCCUUCUGCCUUCCCUGCUGAAUUGAGGCCGCCCAAAUUUUGCCAGGAGCAAGCGGGCAAGCCGCAGUGGCAGGAUGCAAAUGGGUACCCGGAGAGGGACGGCUCCAGAGACAUCUGUGCCUUCUGCCACAAAGUGGUGGGGCCCCGGGAGCCGACAGUGGAGGCGAUGCGGAAGCAGUACCACGCCGACUGCUUCACCUGCCGGACGUGCCACCGGCUCCUGGCCGGCCAGCGCUACUACCAAAAAGACGGGCGUCCCACGUGCGAUGCCUGCUACCAGGCCACGCUGGAGAAAUGCGCCAAGUGCCGGGGGCUGAUCACGGAGCGCAUUGUCCGUGCCCUGGGCAAGGGCUACCACCCCGGCUGCUUCCCCGGCUGCUUCUCCUGCGUCGCCUGUGGCCGGGCCAUCGGCACCGAGAGCUUCGCCGUGGACGAGCGGGAUGAGGUGUACUGCGUGGCCGACUUUUACAGGAAAUACGCUGCGGUCUGCAGCGCCUGCGAGCACCCCAUCGUCCCCCACGAGGACAAGGACACCUACAAGAUUGAGUGCCUGGGACGUACUUUCCACGAGAGCUGCUACCGCUGCGAGAGCUGUGGGACACCCCUGUCGCCGGAGCCGACGGAGAACGGGUGCUACCCCCUGGGCGACCACCUCCUCUGCAAGUCCUGCCACGUCCGCUGGCGAAACGAGUCGUCCUGCUAA